AUGUUGAAGCAAUCACCAAACAGAAACAUGAGGACAAAUGGCUUCAAGGUAAAACAAGGUCUUAAAAUAUUUACUUUAAUAGCUGCUGCCAUUUGGUUGUUAUACCAACUCAAGCACUCAGAUGAGACCAAAGUACUUGGAAGGAAAGGGUUUCAAUUUUGGAUGAAAAGUCCGUAUGAGUUGAUGGGGGGUGUGAAAAAGAGAAAAAAUGAUAUUGUAAUGGAAGAAAACAUUGGUUUGGGUAAUGAUGUUGUAGAUCGAGAUCGAGUGGAAGAGGAAGAACCCGAGGAAAUAGAGAAUGUGGUUGAUGAAGAAGACGAAGAAGAAAAUGAAGCGAUGGAAGAAGAUAUGAUGAGCUUAUUAGAAUAUCAAGCUGAAAAAGAUACACAUGCGACAGCGAAAAGGCAUCGCAAAGAGACUCGUGUACUAUGA